AUGCCACCUCGAAUUCAAGUAUAUUCGGCACUAAAUCGUCAACAACCAGACUACUUGAAAAACAUUUGCCAAUGUGUGGCUUUUGCUCUUGCUAUAUAUGCAAUUGUCGCUACUAGUUGUAUUUAUUAUUUAUUACGAGGUGAUACAACCUUGUGCGGGACUCGGAUGACCGCAGAAAAAUUAGCCGAAGUGGGCCACUGCUUGCCCGGAUGGAUUCCAGCCACGAAAUUUUCAAAGUGUUACAAGCCAAUAUUUGGAAAGGUAACCUACAAAGAAGCCGAGGCAAAAUGUGACGCGUUGAACGCGAAAAUGCUGACGAUCAACAGUGUGGAAGAGGAAUACACGGUUUUAAACCUAGAAGUCGACGGGACGAAGCUCUAUCGGCGAUUUGAAUAUCUCAUCCUUGGACCACGGUUUCAGGAGCUUCCGGAGAAGUCUGCGCCACGUCGGGCUGGCUAUAGGCGCCUUGCGCAUUGGAGAAAUAAUUGGGCCACCGAAACCCUGGCCCCUCGCGAACUUGUCUCACCAUCCGGUCAACGUUCCCUCUAUCACAAUUUCCACGCGGAUGAGCCGAACAAUGCCGGCGGUCAAGAGUAUUGCACCGAGAUCAGGUACCCACGC